AAAUCAACAUGUUGUGACGGGCGUGAAGUCCAGCUGCGGACGGCUAUUUCCGUCAUCAUUGCUGAACGAAUUGGUGGUUCUCGUCGCGACACAAUGCCUGAUAAUACAGGACGUGACGCUCGCAUGAAAAAGGAGGAACUCUCCACCGAAGAUGACAAGAAGAAAUUGCUCCUCGACAUGGUGACAAAGCUGAUGGAAGACGCGAGCCUGAACAGUGAGAACGCGCAGGACAUUGGCUUCGUCAUGCCGGCGACGGACGACGAGCCGGAAAAGUUUGUCCGCCUGUCCGACCUGGAGCGGUCGCUGGAAGACAUGGCGCUCGUGCACGAGAUAGCGAUCAACGAGAAGUUCCAGCUGAAGCCGACCUCCCCGGGCUCGGUGGGCUACGUCGUGCAGAAGACGGUGAAGGAUGCGUACUGGAAUCUGAUGCGCGAGCUGCUGGCCCAGCAGCCGCCCUGCUACACGAUGGUGAUACAGCUGCUGCUGGACAUCAAGGAGACGUUCAAGUCGCUGCUCCGCGGCAACAAUGACCGGGCGCUGGACGCGAUCCUGGUCGUGCUGGACGAGCACAACAUCCGCCAGCUGGCGGACGAGCACGGCGCCGCGGUGCUGGAGCACAACGCACAGUUCAUCAUCAAGAUCAUGGGCAUGGCGUGCUGUCCGGCGCGGGACGCCGAGAUCGCGGCGCUCAAGCGCGAGCCGGACCCGAUCGCGCAGCUGCGCGGCAUCAUGGAGGUGCUGGACAAGAUGAAGCUCGACAUGGCCAACUUUGUGCUCGCGUCGACGCGCGCCCAGUUCGUGCGCUACUCGGUCGACUACGAGCGCAAGAAGUUCGCCGAGCUGCAGACCCUCUGCGGCAACCAGUUCCCCGCCACCAUGGCGUGGCUGCAGCGCAACAAUCCCGCCGGCCGGGAGCGGCCGUCCGAGGAGGGCGCUGCCGGCGGCAACAAUGGCGUGUCCGCAACGACCGUGCGCACCGUGCGGCUGACGGACGUGGUCAUGCCGGACUACUACAUCGAUGCGUACCAGGAGCUGAUCCAGCCGGGCGCGGACCACCCGUUCCCGGAGCUGCUCAAGCUGGAUUUGGAGCGCGUGGUGCAGCUGAAGGAGCAGGCGAUGCGGCUGAGCGUGUGCGCCACCGUGAUGCAGCUGACCUGCGCCACCGUGCCGACGCUGGCCAACCAUCCGAGGCGGUGCGAUCUGGCGGCCAAGCUGGCCAUCCUCAGCGCCGACUAUCCGGGCAAGGUGGAGCUGCAGGAGCUGCUGGAAAGCCUCUGCGUGCAGGUGCUCGACUGCGUGUCGGCGCACGCCGACGAGCCGAGCGGAUCGGCCGUGCCGGAUGCGGCGAAGCAGGCACUGAAGACUCAGAUACUGCGCAUCGACCGCACCAUGACCGUGUACAGCGUCGUCUGGCGCAAGAUGAUGCAGUACAUGCGCGAGCUGCUGCUGACCGAGCGGGAGGAGCACGUGCCCUUUCCCGUCUGCUUCCGGGACUACCGCGACGAGACGGUCCAGCUGGCCGGCCAGUUCAAGCGGAUUGUCUCGCACAACUUUGAGGUGUAUGGCAAUUUCUAUUUACAAUCCAUGCAGGAGGUGGUCUAGGCACAUCCCGCCUAGGUUAGUUACUUUACUAUAAUUUGUGCGAUCCCCCUUUUUUGUACUAAUGAUUAAUAGGAUCUACCUUAAUACUACAUCUCCAGUUUAUCUGUCAUCGAUGUCAAUAAACGUAUCUAUUGGCAGUGAAUUUAGUCAUACUGCUGUUUCGUUAACACCAUUUCCCCUUGUAAGUAUUAUUUUUUUCUGUUUCAUUUGAAAUGAGCUUUCGUUAGUUGUGAUACGAUGUAUUUAAUGCGGAUGCAUCUACUGUAACCAUACAUACAUAUAUAUAAUGUAAAUAAAAAAAAACUUUUGUGAAUUGUAA